GUUUUUUUUUUCAACCUGGUGUUUUUCUGUCAAAUUACUGCACAAAUUUUCUUUGACAUGGGCAACGCGAAGAGCAGAAAGAGAGCGCAGGCCAAAGCACGGCAGCGCCAGACACGGAAACGGCAGCGUCUGGAAAACGAGCGGUUUCAGAACAUGUGCCAGCUGCUGGACUCGGAACCAGAGCACACCGAGAAAAAGGCAAAAGCUGAGCAGGCAGGCCCCACUGAACCCGCCCACAUCUCUGAGACACCUCAGCUACAGGAAGCUCCAGCACCUGAGCCCUCUGCCAUAAACCCGCCUAAGCGCCAGGACGUGUCGCUGAACGCCGCUGUUCUCAAGCAGCUGUUUGAUCAAUUUUUGCUUCCCAACAUUGGCAGCGAUCUGCGUGCACUGAACGACCCGCUCAUUGACAAGCUGUACGACUUGCAGCCGCUGGCUGCAGUGUGCCGGUCCUGGCGACAGGCGGCACUGCCGCUGUUCUAUCGUUCAGCCGUAUGCCACAUCAAGGCACUGCCCCGGCGAAAGGGACAGUCAGCUAAUGACCGCCCAAGACACGCCAGACGGUCAAAUGUCGGACUGAUACUUACCAAUGGAUACACAGACAUUGUGCAGAGGCUUGUUAUUGAUCUGGCAGGAGAUACGCGACCCGAUCUGCCGGUAACUGUUCUGAAAAACGAGGGGUUUGCCAAUGCGAGCUGGCAAAACAUCUCGGCACUGCACCUGCAUCACCGACAUGCUGCUGAUAGCCACCUCUACGCGCGAGACUCAGUGGCGCGAUUCAAUGCAUUCCUUCUGCAUACACUGCCCAAUCUGUCAUCGGUGACAUACUGCUCGGCCGACGAUCGAGCGCACUAUUCAGAGUUCCCGCUCGACGGGCUCUUGGGAUCUACACUGAGCCAGCUAAGCGAAAUCAGGGUAAACUCUGGUUUGAUUCCAGUGUUCAACGCAACGUCAUUCCUGCCCAAGCUCACAAGGAUGACGAUCUGCUGUCCAAUGCCUGACGGUGCAGCAGCCCUGCCAAUGGUGUUUUCCGAAUCACUUGUCUCGCUGCACAUGUGCUUUACCUCAGCCGAGACGCUGUGGCAGAGAUUCUACACGAGCAACACGGGCUGUAUUGCGUUCACACAGCUGGAGUCGCUGGUGCUCGAGUACACUGAGCCGGUGAGCAAGGAGGUCAAGCAGCGCCGCACUCCAAGCCUCUUUGCAGACUGCAUGGGCGAUGGUGAGCUUUGCAUCUCUGCUGAGGACGAUCUCGUGGAGGUUACGGGGAAGCAAGUUCAUCCAGUCUUUCACAAGCUUGAGCAUCUAGGUGUGCUAAAGUACCCUCACUCAAUCAUGCGAGUCCUGAAGUACUUUGACGUGGGCCGGAUCCCGUAUGUCUCGCUGCGCGAUGUCUCGCACGGCUACGAGGGACUGGCAGCACCGGCUAUUACAGAAAUGAAAAGCUUGCGCGUCUUCCUCUCUCGACCCAUCGAAGACUCUGGCCAAUUCCAAUCCUGGUUAAACUGCGUGUUUUCAGUGGCAUCAUAUAUAUCGAGUCUGCAGCUGCAGGCGUCGGUCCAAGUUCCGGUAACGCUGCCAGACAUCAUUGGCCUCAGCAGUCUGACAUCCUUGUCGCUGGGCUUGCGUUUGGACAUUGGCUGCCUGCCGAAUCUGCUCUCACGCCUCCCGAAUCUCCGCUGCCUGGCUGUGCACCUCCAUCCAGUCAUCAGUUCCCGAUCGGACCGCAGCCCAGGGACGUGGGGUCCGCAACUCUUGCCGUAUCUGCCCGCACUGAGCCGCAGCCUCACGCAACUGGUGGCAUAUGUGGCAGAUGUCGAUUGUGGUGAGAGCAUUGGGUGUGGCAGUUGGGAUGUGGAACGCGAGCUAACCUGUGUUGUCGCCCGGGUCCCGUCGUUGUUGGUGCUGAAGAGCGAGGAGUGGACAUGCAAGGCUAUCCGCAGUUGGAUCAAGGAGCUGCUGUGCGAUGAUAGGUCCGAGGCACAGUUCAAGCAUCUGAAAAGCCUGGAAAUGUCUGUGUGGAAAUACUAAAAUCCUUGGAGUUUUUACAUUGUCCACUUGUGUACCUCACAUCCCCCAACAUUUAGUCAAGAGCUUCUGCACCAGUCUGCGCUCGGUGACAUGCUGCCAGAUUCUCUUCUAGACCUUUCCUUUUUCUCGCGUUAUUUCGCGGAUGUCAAUGUAAUGAAAUUGGCUAUUGACGCGAUCGAAUAGGG